AUGCCACGUCUUGCUGGCAUUGCGAAUUUCAAUCCAGAAAAAGACAUCCCGUCUCUGACCAACAAAGUUAUCCUUGUUACUGGAGGAACCGGCGGUUUGGGGGAACAGUCCAUCCGGGCUCUUGCAAAACAUGGUCCCCAACACAUCUACUUCACUGGUCGUAAUCAAAAAGCGGCCGACGCUAUCAUGAAUGAUAUCAACGCAGAAAAUUCGGGCGUGGAAUUAACUUUUCUACAGAUGGACUUUAGUUCCCUCGAGUCGGUAAGGGCUGGCAUCAAACAAUUCGCACAUGACCGGUUAGAUAUCCUCAUUUGCAACGCCGGCGUUAUGGCAGUGCCGCCAGCAGUAAGCAAAGAUGGAUUUGAGGUCCAUUUUGCAAUCAACCAUUUGGCCCAUGCUAUGAUCAUACAGAAACUUCUACCAUUUCUCACACGAACUGCAGACAUGCCAAACUCUGACGUGCGAGUCGUGUGUCUGACGUCAGAAGGGUGGAAAGGACACCCAUCUGGCGGCAUAUUGUAUGAUAAAGUGCGAACAGAUAAAGGCGGAAUGCCAAUUUGGCUGUUAAGAUAUGGUCAAUCCAAAUUCGCUAAUCUUGUAUAUGCGGCGGAACUUGGGCGUCGAUUUCCGAAGCUCAUGACCGUCUCUGUUCACCCUGGCGUUGUGAGAACAGAUUUGGUAAACACCUCGUCCUUUGCAGACUCGGCUUUCCUAUAUAUUGCAAACGCGAUUCAAGGCGUUUCCAUUCUUACGCCGGAGGAGGGCGUCCUCAAUCAAUUGUGGGCAGCCGCAGGGGCGAACCGGAAUGAUCUUUUUAAUGGAGCAUACUACAUCCCGGUAGGAGUAUUGAGCAAUAGCGAUGUGAAUAAGGAUAAGACUGCCAAGAAUGAAGAGUUAGCUAACAAACUCUGGACCUGGACCAGUGAAAUACUAGACAGCCUUUGA